AUGUACAAAGUAGUCAGAGUUUCGAUCCAGGCAGCCAUUCUCAACAGAGACAAGCCAUCUGAGGACACAGGACAGGACACAAGACAGGCCACAGGACAGGACACAGGACAGGACGCAGGACAGGACACAGGACAGGACACAGGACGGGACACAGGACAGGACACAGGACAGGGCACAGUACAGGACACAGGACAGGACACAGGGCAGGACACAGGACAGGACACAGGACAGGACACAGGACAGGACACAGGGCAGGACACAGGGCAGGACACAGGACAGGACACAGGACAGGGCACAGGACAGGACACAGGACAGGACACAGGGCAGGACACAGGAUAG